AGUGAGAGACGCGCAUCCACGUCCAAGCAGAGCUGUGAUUGAGUGCAAGCGCACACAUUCAAUCUCAGGGUGCACGUUGACGUGCAACGGUGCACAUUUUUGGGUGGGUUGUCUUUUUCUUGUCCCUGGCGGAGGGGAAACGCGCGGCCGGCCACAGGUUGACGGAUCUCGUUCGCACCUCGCCAUGGCUCCUCAUCCGCCACCGACCGUGUCCGGCGGCGGCGUCGUCACUGUGGGCCCCGUGGACUGCUCGCCCGGGAUGGGGAAGGACGCAGAGUGAGCACGUCGAGUGAGGAGGAGGAGGAGGAGGAGGAGGCGGUAUUGGGAGCGUCGGACGCCGUGCGCAAAGCUCGAGAGGCGGGUUGGCGAGGAGGACCUGUGGAGGAAGCCUCAUGAACGGGGGCGAGAGGGGGGGAAGAGAGAGAGAAAGAGGAUGGCAUGGCUGUGACAACAUGAAAAAGAAAGUGUGGUGGUCUGUCUUCAUCCUGCUGCCAAGUGAUCCAACGCAUUUGAUCUGGGGGACAGAGAGACAAGAGACAGGUACGUGGCCCCAUCUGUGACCAUGGAGCCUCCCCCCUCUCUGAGCCUGGCUCUCCUCGGAGGGAGCGAGGACGAAGACCAGCGUUUCCUCCUCCCCCUGGCCGGCAUUCCCCACCCCGUGGCCCCAGGCACCCAGCCGGGUUCCAACCACUCGAACCACAUGGCGGCAUCCAGCUUGAGCCGCCUCAACGGCAGCAAUCCGUCACCGUCUCCCGCCGCCACGCCCACCUUGCCUCCGGCUUCCAUCCCUAAGUUGUCCUCGGCAGGGCCGCCGCCCAUUCCUAACGCCCUGCACCCUACCAGCACCCCGCUGUCCUCCUGCUUGGGCUCGCAGCACAGUCUGAGUGGGGACAACUCUCCCAUCUACAAUGCCCUCUUUUACUCCUCCCACUCGCCCUCCAUGGAGCGGGACAGGGAGAGGGAGAGAGAGCGGGCGUGCAAGCACAGACAGGCCAGCCCUCUUGUCCAUCGCAGGGACAGCAACCCCUUCACCGAGAUCGCCAUGAGUUCCUGUAAGUACACGGGAGGGGUCAUGAAACCCCUGAGUCGCCUCAGCGCCUCCCGAAGGAACCUCAUUGAAUCGGACAGCAGCAGCGAGACCAAAGAGGGUGGCGUUUCCGCUGUUGCCGGAGCGACGGUGACCGGGGGUCACGACCGGCAGCGAGAAGCCCCUCCUACCUCCUUGGUGACCCAGUCCUCCACAAAUCAACCGCCCCUCCAGAGCCCCCCCGAGAUUGUCAUUUCAUCCAAAGAAGACUCGCCGUACCCCAGAGCAGGAUAUGACAUCAGCGAUACCACCUCAAACCAGAUGUCCAUCUACCACCAGAACCACGCGCUGGUGGAGAGUCGACGGGCGCAGCCGGGGAGGGGCGGUGGGCAGACAGGGGCCGGGACAGUGGGCACUGGGGCUCGGGCCAGCACUUCCAAGGCUCCCAAACGGAAGAACCAGAAUAUUGGCUACAAACUGGGCCAUCGGAGGGCGCUGUUUGAGAAGAGGAAGCGGUUGAGCGACUACGCCCUCAUCUUUGGGAUGUUUGGGAUCGUCGUCAUGGUGAUUGAGACGGAGCUGUCGUGGGGUGUGUACACCAAGAGCUCCAUGUACUCCCUGGCCCUGAAGUGUCUGAUCAGCCUGUCCACAGUCAUCCUGCUGGGCCUCAUCAUCGCCUAUCAUGCACGGGAGGUGCAGCUGUUUGUCAUCGACAACGGCGCCGACGACUGGCGCAUCGCCAUGACGAUGGAGAGGGUCCUGCUCAUCGCUCUGGAGCUGCUGGUGUCCGCCGUGCACCCGGUGCCCGGGGACUUUAAGUUCCAGUGGCGGGCGCGGUUGGCCUUUUCGUACGCGCCGUCGCAGGCCGAGGCGGACCUGGACAUGGUGCUGAGCGUGCCCAUGUUCCUGCGCCUCUACCUCAUUGCCAGAGUCAUGCUCCUGCACAGCAAGCUCUUCACCGACGCUUCAUCCAGGAGUAUAGGAGCACUCAAUAAGGUGCAUUUUAACACGCGCUUUGUAAUGAAAACCCUCAUGACGAUCUGCCCUGGGACGGUGCUGCUGGUCUUCAGCAUCUCUCUGUGGAUCAUCGCCGCCUGGACUGUGCGAGUGUGUGAGAGGUAUCACGAUGCACAGGACGUGACCAGUAACUUCCUGGGAGCCAUGUGGCUGAUCUCCAUCACUUUCCUGUCCAUUGGCUAUGGAGACAUGGUCCCUCAUACCUACUGUGGCAAAGGAGUGUGCCUGCUCACCGGAAUCAUGGGUGCUGGUUGCACCGCUCUGGUGGUUGCCGUGGUAGCCAGGAAGCUGGAGCUGACCAAGGCCGAGAAGCACGUACACAACUUCAUGAUGGACACGCAGCUCACCAAGAGGAUAAAGAACGCGGCGGCCAACGUGCUGAGGGAGACCUGGCUCAUCUACAAGCACACCAAGCUGAUGAAGAAGAUCGACCACUCCAGAGUCCGCAAACACCAGCGGAAGUUCCUGCAGGCUAUACACCAAUUACGCAGUGUGAAAAUGGAGCAGAGGAAACUCAGCGAUCAAGCCAACACGCUUGUGGACCUGUCAAAGAUGCAGAGCGUCAUGUACGAGCUCAUGUCGGAGCUCAACGACCGCAGCGAGGACCUGGAGCGGCAGAUGUUAUCCCUGGAGCAGCGGGUAGAGCAGCUCACCGCCGGCUUCAACGCCCUGCCUGCGCACCUCUCGGCCACGCUCAGCGCCCAGCACGCCGCCCUGGUCCACCUCCUCCGGGAGAGGGACGGAAGGGACGGAGGAGGUGGAGGAGCUGUGGUGCCACUUUCCCCAGCAGCGUCACAAGCCUCCACUCCAGCUGCGGCAACACCAGUACCAAGUCCAGCCCAGGUGCCCCCAAUGGCCCCUCUGGAGGCCACUUUGCCCGGCCCAGAGGGGAACCUGGAGGCAACUUCUAAUGGCAACACCUCCUCCACUUGCUGAGGAGCACCAGGAGGAGACAAACACAGGGAGAAAAGGACGCAAGAGGGGGUUCCUCUCACUGGAAACUAAACAAGAGAGAUGAUCCACUCAAAUUGAUGAAGGUGGGACAACGUGGGGGAAAAAAUGGGAGCAAGAGGGAGGGCUGGCAUGAGUUAUGACACGUUUGGGAGGAGCGCUUUCCCUUUAAGAGUGAUAGUGGUAAGAAAAAUGGGGAAAAACGGCGACGCUAAAAGGUGCGGGGGCAGGGGAAGGACGUCAAGAGGGUGAGAAAUAGCGGUUGGAAGUAUGACAGGAGGAAGAGGAGGAGGACUAAUUAUAUGAAGACUGAAUGAAAAAAAAAGAAAAGCCUUUAUCUCUCUCGGUGUCUUUCCCGCUCCUGCUCUCCCCUUUCAUCAGGAAUUAACGACCAUGACUUUUUAUCCUUAUGAUGUAUUUUCUAUCCGAAUGCUAAUUGUAUGAUAACGAGCAUCCCUUUAACAGGAGGUUAAAUCAAUAUGACCGGGAUUUAUUGAACAAAAAAAAAAUAGUGGCAUGCACAGCGCACACACACAGACACACACACAUUACACAAAUGCCCUUAAGAUAACACUCGAGCCUAUACUGCCGAUAGUCAAUGCACUGUCAAUCCGUCCACAGCACUGCCAAACAAUGUCAAAACGUGAGAUUCCCAAUGUGGUGAUGCACUGAAACACACCAUGACAGUCACAUCACGUCAGGAAAUACCCAAACCCAACCUUGUAUCAUCACACAAACACAUUCCGCAUUGCAGUCCAUAGUUGUUGUCAUAAACUUGAGGAAAUAUACACGCCUUGGGGACGUACGAGGGGGAUUACAACUGGAGAAAAGCCAAAGAUAACUUUUCUUAAUCUUCUACAGAAAUGACAGAUAUCAUUUCACGCUUAAAAGAAAUCACCCAAUGUCACUUCUCAGCUUGCUGUGGUAGAAUUUCAUAUAUUUCCACAACGAAAUGAAUAUUUACUUUUGCACUUUCGCCCACUAGAAUAUUAGACAAGCCAUGUUCUGUUAACAAUCUUAAUUCAGCGUCUUCUUAGCUUAUUUUAUGUUUAACAUGAUCUCACAAGAAUUUAGGUGGUCAAGUUAAGGACCACAUUUGCAUGAGCUUCUGCAACAUACUCCACAAAGAUGGCCGACAUGACAUACAGUGCAAAAGCUCAAAUGUAAGCGAGGUUAAAUAUCUGAAAUGAGGCCCAAAAAUAGUUGCUUCUGAUGAAUAAAAUACAGUCAAACCUUGGUUUUUGUAACUAACGUAAUCUGUAAACCAGGUGAAAACCUAAAUGUACAAAAACCAAAGCAAUUUUUCCCAAAAGAAAUCAUGUAAAUCCAAUGAAUCAGUUCCAGACGCCCCAAAAUAUCAACAGAAAUACAUUUUAUAGAGAAUAAUCGCCACUUUGCAGUUCAAAUUUCAUGGGUAAUUAAUAAAUCAUGCCUUGCGAUUGCCUGGCGACCAGUCCAGGGUGUACCCCGCCUCUCGGCCGAAGUCAGCUGGAGUAGGCUCCAGCAUCCCCUGUGUACUGAUAUGUAAUAUUCUACACUGUUCACGAAGUGUCAGUAAUGUUAACCCACGCCAAGCUAAAACGGAACUCUGAAGCCCCGACGUCACUUCCUGUCCAGUUCCCCUAGGGAACACAUUUCUAGCAACACACACAAGUCUUAUUUAUGGCAUAAAUAGCUUAUUUAGUCUUGUUAUGUCUACUAUAUUGUGUAAAAUGAUUGUAAAGGUGACUAUAGGGGUGUUAUGUAAUGUCUAGAGGGCUCUAAUAAUGUUUAAAAAAACAUUUACAAGGUUGUAAACAGGUUUUCUAUGCUCUAACUAUGAAAAUAUUCCAUUUAUUAAUAAGGAGUGCUACUUUGUGUAAAUGUAUUUAUCAGAGUCGGGUCUGGAACCAAUUCACCACAAUAAAUGAGGGAUUACUGUAAUUUUACAUGCAGAAAACUGCAAAAUCACCUUUACUGAAGACACUUGUUGGCAAAAACAGCGAGGGGCAGCAAGGGAGUGCUGGAGGGGUGGAGCCACACCAACUUGUCAACAUCUUCAAUCGUUUGUUAUCUCAUUAGCUUCCUUGAUUUCUUCUUUCUUCACCAGGAUGGAACUUGUCGUUGAUACUCACUUCCCGUGCAUCCGGGCAAGCUCAGCCACGAAUACGCAACCUUCAUAUUUUGCUACGACUUAUUUGUUGAAUUCAAUAGCGUUUCUCACUUUCUUUAUCAAAGCGCUGGCACUCGCAACUUUCUUUGGCCCCAUGAUGGGUUAUUUAGCAGUCGCACUCAAUAAAACUAUCCUGUACUGUAUAUUCAAAAUAUAUAAAAUCAAUAUUUUGGUAGUUAGAGGAUAGAAAACCUGAAACAUGAAAUAACACCGCUGUAGUCACCUUUACACCCGUAUUAACCAGUAUAGUAGAUAUAACAACAGAAAAUAAGACAUACCUGUAUUAGGCAUAAAUAAAAUAUAGCAUAGACUCACACAUACGUACGGGAGGGUUCCUUGUUUUUUGUCUUGACAGAACAGAACCGAGGCUUGACAGUAUUUUUAUUACCAGGCGCAUUCUAUGUUGGACCAGUUUGUAGGGGUGUCACGAGAUCUCACAAGAUUAAUUUGUCAUUUAAGAGAAAGAAGAGGGAAGCCAGAAUCAGCCUAUGAACGGUGACAUCGCUACUGUGAAUGAUAAUAUGGAAAUGGUAGCGCGCCAGGCAAGAUUUGAAGUGCACAUUAAGUGCUUUAUGCACACUAUAAACCUUGUAAUCUUGUAAGCUAUAAACCUUGUAAUCCUACCUGCACUUGCCGUUCUCAGCGUCACUCGUUUGCUCGUGACGUGUGGCUGUUUUUUCCAUCGGAGUUGAACAGCUGUAGAAGCUACAGCAAUUCUACAUUUGAUCAAAGUUACUUAAGAUUUGUCAGAUCAAAACACAAUCGCUGCAUAUGACUUCUACUGUAUCAAAACAUGUGAUAAAAGCAUAUAUUUUGGAAAUACACUACUUCCUGGUUCAGCACUCUAAGCAUCAUGGGAAGUGUAGUUCUUUUCGAGUAAACAUAAACCUAAUCUACUGCAAUCUAUUUUGCAUGUGUCUUUGCAUAACUACACAGCAUAAAUGUUUAGUAGUAGCUCGUUAUUUUAACAUGUAUCAUUUUUAGUUUUUGUUUCAAAUUGAAGACAAAAGUUCAACAGUAUAUGGUACAGUAUAUGGUACAGUAUAUGGUACCGUAUAUGGUACAGUAUAUGGUACCGGACCACCUUAUUCCCUGUAUGACCGGUGUCAGAGCUUGGGCCGCAUUUCCGGCAAUAAGUCGGACUCGUUUCCAGUGAGGGUCAGACUCCUCCAGGGAUGCCCUUUGUCACCGAUUCUGUUCAUCACUUUUAUGGACAGAAUUUCCAGGUGCAGCCAGGGCAUUGAGGGGAUCCGGUUUGGUGGCUGCAGGAUCGGGUCUCUGCUUUUUACAGAUGAUGUGGUCCUGCUGGCUUCAACCUUCACUGGAUCGUGUGAAGUGGCUGGGAUGAAAAUCAGCACCUCCAAGUCCGAGUCCAUGGUUAUCGCCCGGAAAAGGGUGCAGUGCCAUCUCCGGGUCGGGAUGAGGUCCUGCCCCAAGUGGAGGAGUACCUCAGGGUCUUGUUCACGAGUGAGGGAAGGAUGGAACACGAGAUCGACAGGUGGAUUGGUGCGGCGUCUGCAGUGAUGCGGACUCUGCAUCGGUCCAUUGUGGUGAAGAGAGAGCUGAGCCAAAGCUCUUAAUUUACCAGUCGAUCUACGUUCAUACCCUCACCUAUUGUCAUGAGCUUUGGGUAGUGACCAAAAGGACAAGAUCGCAGGUAUAAGCGGCCAAAAAUAGUUUUUUCUGUAGGGUGGCUGGGCUCUCCCUUAGAGAUAAGGUGAGAAGCACUGUCAUCCAGGAGAAAGUCAGAGAAGAAGUGCUGCUCCUCCGCAUUGAGAAGAGCCACAUGAGGUGGAUUGGGCAUCUUGUCAGGAUGUCUCCUGGACGCCUCCCUGGGAAGGUUUUCAGGGCAAGUCCGACCGAUAGGAGACCUGAGGGAAGACCCAGGACAUGUCGGAGAGACUAUGUCUCUCAACUGACCUGGGAACAGCUUGGGAUCCGCCGGGAGCUGGACUAAGUAGCCGGGGAGAGGGAAGUCUGGGUGUCCCUGCUUAGGCUCGACCUGAUGGAUGGAUGGAUGGAAGUUCAACAGUUCAACUCAUUAUGCUUAGGUCAUACGUGCAAAGUUUUACAGAAUUUCAAAAUGUACAUUGUUUUGUGCCUCAGUUAAAUAACGAAGCUUGUCCAGUCAUAUAUUUUGUCAUUGUAGUUCUCUUAAAAGGAAUUUUAAAAUCUUGUCUCGUCCCAUGAACCCAAAUCGUCUCGCGAGCUGAGUGUAUCGUGACACCCCUACCCCUAACUGCUUGUUUUAAUACUACUUCACAUAAGCAAAAUAAUGUGCCAACAGAAAUUCAUCAUAAAAAUCAUCAAUGUUACUUUUAAACAUAACCUAAAGUUUGAAAAAGAUGUUUCUAUUUUGCUCAAGCUGCCCUGAAGUCUUCUGGCGCCGCCUCACACUUUGAAAACCACAGAAGAAGAGUCUUUCAUGCGCAGGCCGACGUGUUCAAAUAACAUAAAAAUGUCAGUCAUGAAUUAUGAAUUGUCCAAUUGAGAGCAUCAGCAGUCAGAGGGGUCGGCCUGACUUGAUGAAUAAUGAAUAAUUUGUUUGCUUUUCAUUCUCCCAUCCUAUGUUCUUUUGGGGUUUUCAUCAGUAAUUUUAUUGACAUUUUUGGGCUUAACACUGAUUGAACUGUCAAAGUGAUUCAUGUUCUCUUGUUUAUCAGUGAACGCUAAGAAAGUGAACACAGCCCUGUUAAAAUAGCAGAUUUUUAUGACCAAAAAAAGCAGAGACAAUGAUACGUCUUUUAAAAAUAAAUGAACAAAUAAACAUGCAAAAUCCAAUUCAAAAUGAAUGAGUGUGUUUAGGAGGAAAAAAACAGAUUUUAAACUGGAUUUAGGUCUGGGCUCUGAAGCCAUUUGUUUGUACUUGUUGGAAGAGAGUUUUAAAAAGACACAUUUUCACACUUUAGUGUGCAGCUUUUUGAAAGUAGAAGAGUUAUAUAUAGUAGAUCCCCGCUUUUGUAGGUGUUGCGUUCCACGCCUACCAGCGAAUGGCUAAUAUUCGUGAGUAAUUUACCUUCAUUGAAGACGUGAGUGAAAACAGGAAGGUGAUGGUGUCGCGUCUUUAAUGAAGGUAAAAAAUAACCGUAAAUGUUCAUUUAUCCCUUUCAUUCCUCAUUUUGAAUUGUUUUAUGCAUGUAAAACGAUAAGUCCACCGCUCAGGGGUGUCCAAACUUUUUCCAGUGAGGGCCAAAGUCGUAAAUUUACAAGAAAUUCCGUUAUUCUCAUAAAUGUAUGACCUUUUUUUUCGUAAAUUUACAACGUUUUUCUUGUAAAUGUACAACUUUAUUCUCGGAAAUUUACUACUCUAUUUUUGUAAAUUUAUGACUUUUUUUUCUCGAAAUCGCAGAUGUUCUUUUUCAAUGUGGCCCUAAUACUCCGUUGUACUUUCUCAUAUUACAUCUUCCAAAAAAAACACGUCUUUUUUCUUUUCUUUCAACUUUUUGCUCCUAAAAUGAUGUUAUUUUUCGUCAUGUUACGUAAUUGUCAUAACAUUAUGGCUUUUUUCGUUUAAUUACAACUUUUUUCUCUUAAUAGUUUCACUUUAUUCUUGUACGAUUACUGCUGAUAUUUCCAUUUUUUCCGCUUUUUUUUGUUAAAUUGUAUUUUUAGAAUGUGCCGCGGGCCAAUAAAAAAACAGCCAUGGGCCACACUUUAGACACCCCUGGUUUGGCUAGCGAGUAGGAUGCUAACAAGGGUGUUUUCUAAUUCAAAUAUAUAUAUAUAUAUAUAUAGUAUAUAUAUUAACAAUGCAGAUGGACAGUGUAUUUAUAACACAACAUGACACGGCAUAUUGUACGCUAACGGGAGAAUGCACGCAAACUGGACAAAAUUGCCGUGUAAAUUGUUUUUAAACACGCUAACUGAGUUUCCACUGUAUUUAUCAGCUUUUAUGUUGAACGAUGUUGAAAAUCGGCCUAUUUACGGAGAAAAAAAAAACUUUUUUUUUUUUUAAAUCAAAAACCUGCGAAUUUGCAGCACUGCGAAUGUGCGGGGAUCCACUGUAGACAGUCAAGUGCUCGUGGCCAUUGCUCUCCAUUGGGUUUUAAAUCAAGUUUUUAUCAUAUUAUCCAUUUUUGUUGAAUUCUACAGGUUAUGAGUCAUGUAAUUAAAAAAUAAUAAUACUUCCAAGUGAUUUGUUAUGCUUUGGGGGUUUAUUUGAAGGGUAAAAAGCUGCUAUUUUAUACCCACUGUGUCCAGCUUGUGAGCCUUCACCAAGGGUGCUUCUGUACCGCCAUUCUUCUCAUCUCUCACUGUUAUCACGAAUGUAUUGUGUGUAAACACUCUUGCUUGGUCACGUUAAAAGAAAUCACUUACACACACACACACACACACACACUGAUAGACACACACAUCAACAACCAAAGUGCUCUCUCUUAAAAGGACUCCAAUAAAGACAAAGGCUUGCAUUGCGGAUAUGUUGACAAUAUUUCCGAGGGAUAACUGUGACAAUGUGGACUUGUUACGAGUGCUGAAUGUGAGGACUGCUUCUUCGCCGCUGGAAAAAAAAAAACAAACACAUCUCAAGGUGGACUCUGACGAACACAAAUAAACCUUAUAAAGGAUACAUGGCCAUGAAGGAAGUUCUCUUGAAAUAAUUAAUAACAGAAAGAUAUUUGAGAGGCUUUCUAAUGGCUUUCAAGGGAAGAAGAGACAAGCCUACCAUUGGCGUGAUAGAGACAAUACGGAGGGACGUGUCUUAUAGCGACACGCUGUGGCCGCAGUACGGUAUUACAACACGCUCUGACUAGACUUGUACAGUAAUGCUGUUAGCUUUGUAUUGCUUAGUCUUUUCUACCAUUAUGAUUCAACUCAUAGCUGAUAUCUAAUAUUAUAUUACCAUAGUAUUCUUCUCAUUCGUCAUGACAGUUAUAUCUAUAUUAACCAUGCCAUGAAGGAAAGUUUGGGCUUGAAAUUAUUUUGUAAUUUUAUUUUAUCAGAGAGAAUCAAUAAAGUAUAUAUCUAUAACAUUACAGACACCCUUGCCCCCUCCUGCCCCCCUCCCAGUUUUUGUGUGUUUACAGGGUUUGGGAACAUUUCAUUGAAAACCUCCUAUUUAGUUUGAUAUAUGAGGGAGGUUUUUACUACAGAAAGGACGUUAUAGACUUCCUCCAAGUUGUUUUUCUACUCAUCUCCAGCCAUUAAUUGUCCUUUUUUGUCUUUUAUUUCUCUCCAUGGGAUCAUUAUCUCAUUUUGUGUCCCACAACCACUAAUGGAGAGCAAUUCUGUUUAUGACAGAGCUUUUUCCCCAUUCAGAUUUCUCAUUAUUUAUUUAUUUAUUUCCCUAGCUGGUGGAAAAAUCAGGGUUGUAUCUGUCAUCUACGAGUCGGAUUAAAAAGAGGGACUUCUCAGAUUUUGAACAAGCUUUUGUUUCUCUGGCGCAUUUUUAAACGGAGCCUUUAUCAUUUCCUGCAGCUAAGAAAUGCUGGAUUCAUGUGGGAAAACAAGGGGGUCCUAAUACAGUCCUAAUAUUAGGAGAAAAAAAGUUGCAAGGUUCAGAGAAUAAAGUUGAAAAUGUUAACGUCAAAUAUUACUGCUUAAUCACAGUUGUUUUCCCCUAAUAUUACAGCUUUAUUCCUGUAAAAUUAGUACAUUUUUCCUCACAAUAUUAGUUAACUUCCAGUGUUUUUUUGCCCACAAUAUUACAGGUU